AGCAUAUAAAUUGGAUAGCAAAUAAUUUACACUUUUUAUAUAAAGUUUGUUGUAGACAAAAAUUUGUCCAUUUCAAUCUGAUUGUACUUAUUUCUGUUUAAUUGUUACUAUUAAAUUGAUCAUCAUCAUGAGUGACUUAUGUUGUAAACUCAAACGUGUCUCUCCUUAUACCGUUGAACUUGGUGAAGGUCCACAUUACGAUGAGAAAACUGGUCGAUUGUAUCAUGUUGAUCUAGUUAAAGGUGGAUGUUAUUACCUUGAUACGAAAACAGGAACAUAUGAAUCAAUAUAUUUCGCCCCUGGUUUAACUUUAAUUGUUCCAAUUGAAGGUAAAAAGGAUAAAUUUGUCAUCACUCAAAAUCAGUCACUUUUCUCAUUGGACUGGUCAACAAAAGGACUUGAGUUUAUUACUUGUGUCGAUUCGGGUCAAGAUACUCGGGUUAACGAUGGUAAAUGUGAUUCUAAAGGUAGACUCUGGUUUGGUACAAUGAAUUGGGAACGUAAACCUGGUUACUUUGAACGUGGUAUUGGUAAUCUUUAUCUAAUUGAUUCUGAUCGCAAAUUGACCCGGAAACAAGAUAAUCUAACCAUUUCCAAUGGAUUGGCCUGGUCAUCUGAUAAUAGAAAAUUUUUUUUCAUUGAUUCUAUUGAACGUCAAGUUUGGGCUUACGAUUAUGACCAUGAAACUGGAAAUAUAAGUAAUCGUAAAACUUGUUUCGAUUACAAUGGUUUACCUGAUUUCGUUUCCAAUGAAGUUCCUGAUGGUAUGACAAUUGAUUUACAUGACAAACUUUGGGUAACUUCAUUUAAUGGUGGAAAGGUGACUCGUUUCGAUCCGGAAACAGGUAAAGUUCUUGGUAUAAUUAAAACCCCUGCAAGUAAAACAACUUCGGCUACAUGGGGUGGAGAUGAUUUUCGAACUCUCUAUUUAACAUCGGCCACUUUUGGUGCUUCGAAAGAGGAACUUUCUCUACAACCCGAUGCUGGUGCCGUUUUCUCGGUUACAUUUGAACAGGAAAACAUUCGUGGCUCAAAAAAUCAUUCAUUCAAACUUAAUUGAAAAUGAAAAC